CAAAUUCAAACUGCGACCCCUUCUACGAUCUAUAAAUUAAUAUGCGUUUUCAUUGAUUGUGACUACGUAUUAUCGUUCCUCGUCCAAUAUAAAACAGAAAUCAGGAGAGCGGGAAAAUCAGCUUCCAAUUUCAAUACAUAAAGCGCUAACUUGUUAAUAAUGAUAGUGGCGACGCCAAUUUUGCGAAGGGAAGGAGCAGCCGAACAGCAGUGAAGCAACGUGCAGCAACGUGCUUGGCCCAUUUUAACUACAGAACUGCCGAAUUAUGAUCGUUCAUAUUGUGUAAUUUGUUAAUAGACCGUACUCCCCUAUUCCCAUUUUAUUGUUGCACGAAACGUAAUCUGUGUAUUGUAUUUUUUAUAAUCGAAGGAAUCUUUUAUAACGUUUUCACGGAGAAUAAAAAACAAAAUUAGUGAUAACUCCGACAUCGUCCCUUUUUACUGCCGACACAAAUCACCGGAGCCUCAUGUCUCUUUGCUGCUAUUGUUUUUAAUGUUUUAUACCGCGUAUGGAUUUAACCAUGGAUGUUCAAAAUGAGCUUGAUUUUCAAUUUCUGGAUCUACAUGAUUUAAAUGAUAAUGAUAAGAAUCAUUUAAUAGGAAUUUUGAAAUCUAAUGUUACUACCGAUGCCUUAAAAUUACCGUGGGAUACAAUUGAAACUAAUAAUGAUAUUGAUGUUGCUGUAGCAGAAAUUCCUCAACUACAAAACCAAUGGUAUCACAAUGCAAUGCCACCUCCAUCUUCGUACACACAGCAAAUAAUGUGCAGCGACUGGCAAGGACCACCUAUGUACCCUGUUCCAACAGAUGCCCAUAUACAACCAUUUAUGCCUGCAAUGACUUACACUCAUCCAGGGUACAAUCUUGGAGGUGAAAUUCAUGAUGUCAACUGUAAUAGAGAGAAUAACAGAAGGAAUAAUCGAGGACGAGGAAUAAGGAGAGACAACUUCAAUCGCGGAAUGAAUCCUGCAAAUGACAUACAACCAGGAUACAUAGGAGAACAAGGACAAUUUCAUCCACAGUUAUCUUUUGUUGUUAUGUAUCCAGAUCAGGCACAGCAACAGCAAUUCUCUGGCCAUGUUCACUACCCUCCAUUAGCGAUAUAUCAACCAAAUCUUCAUACGCAUACGAAUGCGCAUCCGCAUGCACAGCCUACAUACGGAUAUCCUCCAUACCAUCAUCCUUCUGGUAAUAUGAGGUGUGUUCGACAAACAGCACCGGUAAUUUCACAACCUAAUCAAGAGUGUACAAAAGUACAAACCGCAAAGUCACACGAAAAACGCGUGCAAAAUGUCUAUACACCCGUCAAACAACCUUUUCACCAAAUAAAUGAAGAAGAUAACUCUUCGCAGACCAACAUAGUCACUACAGUAAUAACAGUAAAUAACAGUAAAGUAGAACAGUGUACCGAGAAUGCGGAUGAACACACUGCCAAUAGAAAGAAUACAAAUACUAAUGGAAAAGUACCUCCUGUAAAUGUGAAAAUAGAGCACAAUAUUGUGUCGACUGUAAAUGAGAAUUGUAACGGAGCCGAAAAAAAUGAUGUGCCAUGCGUAAAUAUUAACAGUAGUAUCGAAGUAAAACAAAACGGAGAAACCGAUAAAGAAUACAAAAAUGAAACAGUUUCCAGCAUUAAGACUACUGUUGUUAAAACGUUAUCGAAACCAGUUUCUAAAGGUGAGAAUGAAGCACAAAAGGAAGAUACUCCUACAAAGAGCGUACAGGAUGAAAUUAUUAUUAAAACGCCAAAUACUUCUUCCGUUACUACGAAUACUCCGAUACCCUCACCUGCUACAUCAUCUUUGAGUUCAUCUAGCAUAUCUUGGGCUAGUAUUUUGAAAAAAGGAAGUCCGGAAACGCAAUCAGCUCCACCGAAUUAUAAACCUAUGGCACGCAUUAAUCCUUUACCUGUUAGUCCAGUUAUAGAAAGUACUGUGGCUCCAAAAGCACAGUCACAGUUAGAAAAAGAUCAUCGUACCGACACGGUAGUUUUUACAAAUGAUAAUGUCUCAUCCAGCUCACAAAAUGUAAAUGAAAGUAAAAAUUUACAAACGGAAUCAUUACAAAAUCGUUAUAAUGAUCCUAUCGCCUUUCGAAUGGGUGAAUUUUUAUUAAACUACCAAAUGGAUAAACAAACUGUAAGUUUGUUACCGCGGGGAUUAACAAAUCGUAGCAAUUAUUGUUACAUUAAUAGUAUAUUACAAGCUUUACUUGCUUGUCCACCUUUUUAUAAUCUUCUGAUGGCUCUACCACAUUCUAAAAAUCCCAGUAAAAUGUCUUCCACUCCACUCAUCGAUAAUAUGAUUAAGUUUGUACACGAAUUCACACCGUUAUCAGAUGGUGCACGAUUGGCUAGAAAAGACAGAGCAAAUAAACGAGGAGAAGAUACUGUAGUAGAUAUACAAAGUGGAGUGGCCUUUGAACCUUCUUAUGUAUAUACAAUGUUGAAAAAUACGUCAGCUGCGGGUGUAUUUUCUGUGGAAGGACGUCAAGAAGAUGCAGAGGAAUUCCUUUCGUGCCUUCUGAACGGUAUCAACGACGAAAUGCUUGAACUUAUUAAAUUAGUAAAUAACGAUCAAAACGUAACGACUAAUGUUGAAACUAAUGUGAACUAUAACAACGGAGAAGAAGAAUGGAAGGUUAUGGGCCCAAAGAACAAAGGAUCGAUUACACGGUGUACCGAAUUCGGGAGGACUCCAUUGUCCGAUAUAUUCCGUGGACAACUGAGAUCUAGGGUAUCGCGAGCAGGAGAACAACCAACCGAUAACGUUCAACCUUUUUUCACUUUACAACUUGAUAUUGAAAAAGCAGAAUCUGUGAAGGGCGCGCUCGAGAUUCUUGUUGGAAAAGAUCAAUUAGAAGGAAUGACAUGUAGUAAAACAAAACAACAGAUCGAGGCUUGGAAGCAAGUUACUCUGGAGGAAUUACCUGUCAUUCUUAUAUUACACUUAAAGUGGUUUGAUUACAAACUUGAUGGUUGCUCAAAAAUCGUGAAAAGUGUGGAGUUUCCAGUCGACUUAAAAUUAGAUAGUAAAUUCCUGUCACCAAAUGCUGCAAAAAAAUUAAAUCCAAAACAAAAACACUACAAACUAUUUGCGGUCACUUAUCACGAUGGGAAAGAAGCAACGAAGGGUCAUUAUGUUACCGAUGCUUUUCACGUGGGAUACGGUGGCUGGGUCAGGUAUGAUGAUAGUUCAUUGAAAGGUGUUUCGGAAAGUAAUGUAUUAAAGCCAACUCCUCCCAGAGUUCCAUAUUUAUUAUACUAUAGAAGAUGCGACACUAUCGGAAAUAAUCAGUCAAAUAGUGGUAAAACACGUUAGGAAGGGGAGCACUAACACAUAGGUGAAACUAUAUUUUAAGUCUAUUGAGGCAGUUUAAAAGAAUGGCUUUUACAGUUUUGUGGUUCUUGUUGAUAUUUAUAUCUAAGUACAGAGAAUGUUUAUUACCCAAUAUCGUGAGAAAAUAGAAAGCUAUUUCCUUUUAGCAUACUGUACUUCCAUCGAAUAUUUGUACUAAGAUUGUUGUUACAAGUUCUAUGCAUAGUUUUCUUGGUACACGAAAUAAAAA